UAAACACACACACAGUCAGACACAGAGAGUGAAACGCGCAGUCUAAAUAGUGGGCUAGUCAGAUUCGACGUUCGCUCGCGUUCAGGUGUUUUCCUCGUGUCUCCCAUCAGUAAUUAAACAAUUGCCAAACGCAUAACAUCUUCAAACAAACAACAACAAAGAGAUGUCAACUGCCAAAUCGAAAAUCCCUUUGGAAGAUGACCAAAAAUUUGCGCUGAUGAAGUUUCGUCACAAUGUCAAGGACUUGAUCAAACCGAAGCACAACGACGCUUUCCUGCUGAGAUGGCUCAGAGCGAGGAGUUGGAACGUCGAGGCCGCAGAGAAAAUGUUCCGAGAAUCGAUGAAUUGGAGGCAACAGUGGGAAGUGGACGAUGGACUGAAGACUUGGGUUCCUCCAGAGGUGAUCACCAAAUACGUGGCUUCGGGGAUUUGCGGCUUCGACAAAGACGAUUUCCCAAUUUACAUUGUUCCUAUCCAAGGAGUCGACAUUGUCGGACUCUUGCAUUCGGUCAGUAGACAGGAUUUGAUCAGGUACACGAUACAGCUGCUGGAGAAGCUCCUCGAUCUGGCGGCGGAGAAGAACGGCACGGAAUGCGUUCUCAUCUUCGACUUGGAAAACUUCAAUUUGCGCCCGUACACUUGGAGACCUGCCACGGAAGUCGUGAUUUCCUUGCUGCAGAUGUACGCAGCAAAUUACCCGGAGAUCCUCAGAGUCUGCUACAUCAUCAACGCGCCGAGAGUGUUUUCAAUUGCGUACAGCGUGAUCAAAAGGUUCAUCGAUGAGUACACCAUAAGCAAGAUAAACAUCUUCAAGAAUGACCCGAAGAAGUGGCAGAAAGUGAUUCUGCAGAACAUCGAUCCGGAGCAGCUGCCGCAACACUGGGGCGGCAGCAUGGUCGAUCCGGAUGGAAACCCGAAAUGUCCGUCCAAGGUGAAGUUGGGUGGUAAAGUGCCCGAAUCUUACUACAAGAAGAACCUGGAGAAGCUUCCGGACGAUAAGGAUUUCGUGCAGGAGACGAUCAAGAAGGGCGCUAAGAUCAGUUUGGAUUUCAUCGUUGCCGACGAGGGUUGCUUCCUGAAGUGGGAAUUCCGUACCGACGGUCACGACAUCAGAUUCGGCGUGAGCUGCAGGGACGAAGAGGGCGUCGUCCACGAGGCGGUGCAGCUGCGGAGGGUCGCCUCGCAUCAGAUGGACGUCGCCGGAGUUCUCUCCUGCAAAUCCCCGGCCACCUACACGGUCACCUUCGAUAACAGCUACAGCCUGUUCAAGAGCAAGAAGAUCCACUACUCCGUCCAAGUCACGCCGCCUCUCGACACACUGGAUCUCUCGAGUUUGCCUGUAAAAGAAAACGAUUCCUCGUCGUAAUCAUCAAGUUACAUCAUCUGUGUUACAACUCUUUGUUUUUUUUGUUUGUUUGUUUCUUUUAUAAUAUAUUUCUUGUUGUUGAUUAAA